AUGGCACUACAAGAGUUACAACAUCCGUAUGUGUGUGGCUAUAAAGAGUUCUUUGUAACUUGGGACAAAGAGGAGUCUGCCAUGUAUGUGUGUAUUGUCAUGGAUUAUUAUAAAUUUGGUGAUUUGGAUAAAAUACUGAGACAGAAAAGACAGAAGAAAGAAAACAUUGAGGAAUUGAUUUUGAAAAAAUGGUUUGGCCAGAUGGUUGAAUCUCUUGCAUUUGUUCACAAGAAAGAAGUUAUACACAGAGAUUUGAAACCUAGCAAUAUUUUCAUGACAGAAGACUUGAGUAUCUGUAUUGGUGACUUUGGUGUUGCAACUAUUAUGGGAGAUGCUAGAACUAAAACAAGAACAACAGUCGGUUCAAUGAUCUGGAUGGCACCUGAAGUGAUGGAGAAGGCAUAUGAUGAGAGAAGUGAUGUUUGGUCAUUGGGAUGUAUUACAUUAGAAAUGGCUACCUGUGGUUUAAUGGAUACUCCAGAGAUCCAGGCAGUAUUAUACCAAAUCAAACAGUCACCACAGGUACUGGAAGAAAUAUUAGAAGAUGUUGCCAAGAAUUAUUCAGCUGAUCUAUGUCAGAUGAUUCGUACUAUGCUUAGAAAGAACUUCGAACAGAGACCAUCUGUGCUACAAAUGUUAGAAAUUCCAUACGUCAAAGAUGCCUUGUCGUUGAGUAAUUCUGCACUAGCUGCCAGAAAAAAGAAAGAAAAAUCUGGAGAAAAAAUCAUGCCUGUGCCAAAGGACAAAGGAAUUGAAGCAGUAUUUGAAUAUUUAAAGACAAACUCAUCCAGUGAAACCUGUGUCAGAAAUGGGCUGAUGUAUUUAUCUGAAGUCACAAAAAAUCAAGUUGAUCAAUAUGCAAUCAUAGGAGAUACUGGUAAACUAUCCGUAAUUCAUAACAUGCGCAGUCAUAUGGGUAACGCUGAUAUACAGGUUGCAGGCUGUAAUAUAUUGGCCAAUCUCGUUGUUGCAUCCGAUACAGAUGACAUACUCUAUACUUCACAAAUCAUUGAAGUUGUACCAUUAGCAAUGAUGUCACAUGCAGGUUCUUCAAGCUUACAGGCCAGUGCAUCAGCUCUCCUCAUGGCAUUGUCUGCUGAUGAGGCAGCAGCUGAGAUCAUUGGCCAGAAAGGUGGUGUACAUAAUGUCCUAUCAGCUCUGAGAGCCUUCCCAAAUGAUGCUGAAAUAGCAGCCAAUUGCUGUAGUGCAAUAUGGAGCCUGGCAGUCAAUGAAAACAAUACUUUACUUGUAACUGAAGAACAAGGAGCCAUUGAUAUCUGUAGUGCUCUUAGUAAACAUACAGAGAUCUCGGAUGUAAUGGAAGCAGCAUGUGCCGCACUCUGGUCACUCUCCUUGGAAGAUAAGAAUAUUUUGAUGAUGCAGCAAAAUAAGGCUAUACCAUUGAUGGUUAAAGCGAUAGAAAACCAUGUUACGGAACCCAAAGUUGUAAAGAAUGCAUGCAUGGCAUUGGCCAGCAUUGUAGAGACGGAUGAACUAUGUGGGCAUGCAUUUGUACAAGCGCAAGGACUACAGGCAGUCAAGAAGGCAUACAAACAGCACCAUGAUAAUCCAGAAGUUGUUGAAAACAUAUGUAUUCUUCUAAUGGAGUUGUCCGGGUAUGAUGACGUAAUCAAUGAUUUGAAAUCUUUUGGAAUAUCCGAUAUUUUGAAGGAAGUACAAGUGAAAUAUGCCAGCAAUGACGAUAUCAUCGCUCCAGUUAUUGCUUCUCUGUCUAAGAUAUCAGAGGACACGAAAGCUAACGGUGAUCGGCCAAUAUCAGCAAGAAACCGUGCUAAAAAGAAGUGAAGAAGUAGAAUUCUGUGAAUUACUGGUACUUUAUUUUAGGUGGAAUUUAUUUUCGCUGAAAACCAUGUUGUCAUAUUUGCUCACUGUGUAUGCACAUACUAAAUGACAGAGGUGUGUGUUGAGUCAAAAUAAGUCAUUUUCAAAUGAUCCAGUAUACUAAUACAUUACAUACAACUGUUCCUUUACAUGAGCUUCUGGUGGAGAUGCACUUCUAAUGGAGCAAAUACAGUAUUUAGGUCAGC